CGCCCUCGCGUGUGUUUAUGGGCAGAUUCGUCUCUCCCGGGGAUGGAGGCGAAUCUGCCGAAGCGGAAAGAAACGCGCAAGUCGCUGAGGAUCAAAGUCAUCUCCAUGGGCAACGCCGAGGUGGGCAAGAGCUGUAUCAUAAAGCGGUACUGUGAAAAGAGGUUUGUUCCCAAAUACUUAGCGACGAUAGGAAUCGACUAUGGUGUCACCAAAGUGCAAAUUAGAGAUCGUGAGAUUAAAGUCAACAUCUUUGACAUGGCUGGGCACCCCUUCUUCUAUGAGGUUCGCAACGAGUUUUACAAGGACACUCAGGGGGUUGUCCUCGUGUAUGAUGUUGGCCAAAAGGAGUCAUUUGAUGCACUGGAUGGAUGGAUGGCUGAGAUGAAGCAGGAGCUUGGACCUCAUGGAAACAUGGAAAACGUUGUCUUUGUUGUCUGUGCCAACAAGAUUGACUGCACCAAGCACCGCUGCGUGGAUGAGAGCGAAGGGCGACUGUGGGCAGAAAGCCGGGGGUUUCUCUACUUUGAGACCUCAGCACAGACAGGAGAAGGAAUCAAUGAGAUGUUUCAGACCUUCUAUUCCGCAAUUGUUGAUCUGUGCGACAAUGGUGGGAAACGCCCCACAUCGAGCAUGAGCGUUGGGUUCACCAAAGAGCAGGCGGACACCAUUCGGAGGAUCCGCAACAGCAAGGACAGCUGGGACAUGUUGGGAGUCAAACCUGGAGCCACAAGGGACGAGGUGAACAAAGCCUAUCGGAAGCUGGCAGUGCUGCUCCAUCCGGACAAGUGCGUGGCUCCCGGCAGCGAGGACGCUUUCAAAGCUGUCGUGAAUGCGCGGACGGCGCUUCUCAAAAACAUCAAAUAGAGGACGGAGCCGGAAAACCCACCCUGGUGGACCCCAUGCCCACAGUUCCUGGAGAGCCAGUUGACCAGGGCAACCCUCUCCUCCCCAGCACCCGUUACUGUCUUAGUAAUGGAAACUAGGGGCCUCCUCCUGCUUCCACUAACUGCCGUAGGAACAGGAGUUGGCCCUCGGUAGCUGCGUUUCACCAUGCGCCAGUUUCUUUCUAGGUUGAGAGCUGACCAGAGGAGCUGUGUCCCAUGCACCCAGCCUUGAGCAAGUUCCUGACUGAGUCUGAGGCCCAGGUUCAUGGUUGGCGUAAGCAGGUGCAGCGCCCCUGAAGACAGUGGUGUUGCACAAGUUCUCACCAACAAUGGAUUUGGCCCCCGGUCUUGUUUCAGGUGAAUUCUUGAACGAAGUCUCCCCUGCUAGGCAUUACUGGCCCUCGAGGCCUCUGCUUAGAUGAGUGGGAGGGGCUGGCUUCGAGCCCAUCAUUGUGGUUGUUUAUCCCAAUGCUAAAAACAGCAAGAGUAAUCUGGCCUACUCCAGCACAAACAAGUCCCGUGUGCUGUGGCCUGAAUGAUCAGCCUACAGCAUCGGCUCUGUGUUUGCUCUAGAUUCAGAGGCAGGACGCCGGCAGAGGCAGCUACAAAUACCUCUGAGGUCCAAGGAACCUCAGGUUAUGGUCCCUGAUUCCUUGAAACUAGUAGAGAAUGUCAGUGACCUCUGUGUUAGACACGUGGGAUCAGGGGCUGACUUCUUGGUCACAACAGGACAUAAGCCUGCCCAUAUCUUAGCCUCUUAAGUAAGGGCCCAAUAUGGAACUUGGAUGGGCAGUGAAUUGUCCCUGGUGGGAGAGAACCCUUCUCCAGCCAGACUGGGAAGCACUAUCGCUGGGGAGGGGAGGGCAGAGGAAUGCAGCUUCUCGAAUGUGGCUUGAGGGCAGAGGCCUUUGCUCUUUGUGCCUAUGCCAAAAGCCCAGCGAAUUCCCUAAAGAGAGCACAGCGGGGAUGAAAUCCGGGACGUGAGUGUUUAAAACCAAAUGCCACGCGCCUGUGGGCCGACUGUCCGCAGGGAGAGGCUGAGCACAAUGCACCAGGGAAUCCUAUGCCCUAAGAUUGGACAAAACAAUAUUCACCCCGGCGCACCUGAGCUUGCUCCAGAUUCCUGUUUCAGCAGCAUGGGCCUGAAAUGCCGAGCACCCUGAGCUCCGGUUGACUUCACAGGGAGCAGAGUGCCCCUCUCCUGUCUGGCACGUCUAGGAAAUGGCCCCUAAGACUAAGUUAUUUCAUAGGGACGAGCCAAUUCUAUGUUUCCUCGUGUGCUAAGCAGCACCACCUAUCCUGAGCCUGCAGAAGUCAAAGGCAGUCUGACUUUCACAGCAAAAAGCUUGGUUAUUUCUCUGUCUCGGAGCCAGGCUGCAGAAACUUCACUCCUGGAAAUAUCAAACCCAACAGGAGAGAUGUGCCUGAGGAAAGAUUAAGGAUUAGAUGGUGCUUAAACCUGCCUGGGGAGGAAAGGGAGCAAGGAAUUGUCUGUCGUCCUCAUCCCUCUGCUCCAGCAUUGCUGCUCAAAUAGCAGGAACAAUCUCUGUCCUUCUCUCCUCUCAGAUUGCAAGUUGCUGGGGGCUCGGGCACCAACCCUGCCAGGGUAGGGCUGCAGAUCCAGCAUCUGCUACGGGCAGGCUGCUUUAUUGGGAAGGGCACACUGCGCCCUUAAAGGGUGUUGCUGCCGCUGCCCACGUAGAGCCACUCCCACCUCUCCCCGAAGGCAGGUUCACGACCACAGGCCAGCCCAGAACCUCCACAAACUUGGCAUGAUACUGAUUAAGGUACCAGUGGGUACAAGCCUGUCCUGAUGGGGUUGUUCAAGUGAACAGUGUGCCCCCAAAGCCCUUGCAUGUAGGAUGAGGAAACUAACACACGGAGGAAUUCUUUCAGGAAAAUACAGGCCCAGGUUUUGUUGUGCACCUCUGAAAACAGAGCCCCUUCUUUUGGCACCCAAGCCUUGCACACUUCGUUCAUUCCCUUUAAAAUUCCUCCACUGCAAAUCUGCAUGCAAGUAAUGCAGCUUCCUAGGGGUACCAGAGCAAAUGGGGUUAGGACAUUUGUGAGACUGGAGGUGCGUGUUUGUGUUUGUGACAGUGCUGGAAAUAGCAAUCAUCUCUUCUGGUAGGGCAGCAAAACCAUUGCACUCAUUUGAUGGUGGUGUGAAGGGAAUGCUUUAGCUCUUACGAAAUGUCCAGGGUGAGACUUCCAAGCCAAAAAUGAGAGCACCACCCGUUGUAUAUUGAUCCACCUGUGCACUUUAAACUUUGACACUGUAUCAUAUGUGAUGUGGAGAGUAGGCUUUGCUUGUGGGUGUAUUUUCUCUCACUUCAAAUAAGUCUCUCCCCCUGCUUAACCUGCUAGAUUACAAGUUCAGUCUUCUGACCAUUGUGAAUGUCGUGCAAGAUAAAAUUGCCAUAAACCCGGGUGCCGCUUCUUUGUAUUUUCACAUGCUGUUUUCUUGGUCUUGCAUAUUGUGUUGCAUUCUGGGCAUCUCAUUUAGUCAGAGUUCUCCUGACGUCGCGACCUAAUUCUUACAAGGCUGUGGUCAGUAGUUUAGGCUCAGAAUUUGGCCAUUGCGCUCUUCCUGAGAAACUAUAGCCAUGAUUUUUGCUGGAACCACACAGAAACAAAGCUGUGCGCUCCCGCUAUGGGUCUGCCUCAGCUAAUCCGCUUUCUCCCUUGCAUUUCCAUGGGUGCCAGCUAGAAAAGGACAAUCAGUAGGGGACAGAGGCUUGAAGCUAUGAAAGUAUUAAACAGCGGGAAAUUAAAGACAAAUUCCACACACGCACCCCACAACGGAGUUUUCCGUUCUUAAAAUCCAUUAUUUCAUGCAGUUGGUGCAAUUCAAGACAUCCUUUCCCUCUCACUUUCAAGGCAACUUUUCUGUCUCUCCCUCCAGCGCUGCCAAAAGCAAUUUAAAGGUUGAUUUGUUUGUUUGUUUGGCUGCGAAUUUCAUAAGACUACAUUAUUUUGAUCAACACCAGGUUUCUGAUGCCAGAUUGGGGGGGAGAGAAGAGAUCUGCUGAAAAGCAGCUGUUAUACCUCAGACAUAUAAAUAAUCAUUUGAGACAUUGCUCCAUAAGGUUAACUUUAUUUUUAAAUUAGCAACAUUUCUUCUCUCCGAAAGCAAAUUCAAAUGUUACGGGGCAGAUCCUGUGCUGGUGUUAAAUCAGCAUUGGAGUACGUGGAACUAGGUUAGUCUACAUUCUUAAGCUUUUUGGAGGCCUUCUCAUCUCCCAUGCUAGGGAAACCACUUGAUUCUGGCUUCAAACCUAGUUCUCUGUGUAUUUUCCAGGAAGGAAGGAUAAAUAAUUCUGCUGCUGGAUGGUGCAAUUCCAAGCCAUAAUUCUAGGAAGAGUCUUGUUAAUGGCAGAUUGUUGUUCAGAAAUACUUCCUAUGUUCAGGGAUGCCCUUACCCCUUCUGGAUUGUUGGAUAUAUAAACUGUGACUGCACUGUGUUUUACUCUUAUAAAAAUACCUUUUAUUCUAUUGGUUGAAUUUAUGUCUGCUUUUGUUGUUUACAUGAACUGACUGGAAACACUGAAAUGACGCUACGCGUGCAUGUCUUAUCUAGAGACUUGAUGUACUUUUAAGCUGUGUAUUUUUAUAAAGCAAAACUGAGUUUAAAA